CGCGUCUCGCUCCGCCCAGGUACCUUCUCUAUUCUAAAGAUCACGUUUCGCCUUUUUCUUUUGGCUUGUUUCUUUUAUAGGUUUUCGAUCUUUAAUCACAUCGAUUCAUAAUCCAAUUUUUGAUACCUGUUUCCCGCAUUUUUACGGUUUGGGAAAAUUAUCUUGAUGUAGAUCUAAUUUUGAAUCAGGAAUUAUGGUUUGUCAUCUUGGUAUCAAGAUCGGGGGUUGUUCAUAAUCAUGUAGUUUAAUUGGGUCUGGGUUUUGAAAUUUUUGCAGGGUUAACCAUGUUGGAACAGUUAUUGAUUUUUACUCGGGGAGGGUUGAUCCUCUGGACAUGUAAAGAACUUGGAAAUGCUUUGAAAGGAUCGCCGAUUGAUACCCUUAUUAGGUCUUGUCUAUUGGAGGAGCGAUCGGGUGCUGCUUCUUACAAUUACGAAGUACCUGGGGGUUCUUACACUCUCAAAUGGACGUUCCACAACGAAUUAGGGCUUGUGUUUGUUGCUGUUUAUCAGCGGGUUCUCCAUCUUUUGUAUGUGGAUGAUUUGCUCGAGAUGGUUAAGCAAGAGUUUUCGAAAGUUUAUGAGCCGAAGCGAAUGGUUUACAACGAUUUCGAUGAUGUGUUUCAGCAGCUUAAAAAGGAGGCCGAGGAUCGUGCUGAGAAAGCUAAGAAAUCAAAACAGCCUGUGAAGGUUUCAAACGGUGGUAAUAUGGGUAAGAAGCAGGGGGCUGGGCAGAAAGGUGGUAAUGGUGGUGGAGCUGAUGGAGGUAAACAAAAAAAGAGUGGUGAGGAUGGAAAUGGUGAUAAGAAUGGCAAAAAAACUAAUAGUUAUCCAAUUGAAAAUGGGCAUUCCAACGGUGACCAUGUAGUAAAUGGGGAGGUGGCUGCAGCAGAUGAUGCUAAUGGUAAAGAGAACAGGAGUUCGAAUACUGUGGCUUUUGACAAAGAUAAGCUGAAGAAGUUGCGUGGAGGUAAUAAACCUGGAAAGAAAGCUACAACUGCUGCAGUUACAAAGGGUCCGAAGGAGGCCACCAAGAAAGCCCCAAGAGUUUGGGAUGAUUCACCUUCAAAAACAAAGUUGGAUUUUACUGAUCCUGUGAGUGAGAACGGGGAUGAAAAUGUUGCUGCUGUUGCAAUGGAUCAUGGUGAGAGUAUGAUGGACAAGGAGGAGAUUCUUAGCAGUGACAGUGAGAGUGAAGAGGAGGAAAUUGAGAAGGACACUAAAACAGAAACAAAGAAGGGGUGGUUCGCAUCCAUGUUCAAUAGUAUUGCUGGGAAGGCAAGUUUGGAUAAGGCAGAUCUUGAACCUGCUUUGAAGGCUCUGAAGGAUAGGCUCAUGACUAAGAAUGUGGCUGAGGAAAUAGCUGAGAAACUCUGCGAGUCAGUUGCGGCAAGUCUGGAGGGUAAAAAGCUUGCCUCUUUUACAAGAAUUUCCUCAACUGUGCAGGCUGCCAUGGAAGAGGCUCUUGUUCGUAUUUUAACUCCUAGACGCUCGAUUGACAUUUUGAGGGAUGUUCACGCUGCCAAGGAUCAAGGGAAACCAUACGUGGUUGUUUUUGUUGGAGUCAAUGGAGUAGGAAAAUCUACUAAUCUAGCUAAGGUUGCUUAUUGGCUGCUGCAGCACAAUGUCCGUGUAAUGAUGGCAGCUUGUGAUACUUUUCGCUCAGGAGCAGUUGAGCAACUUCGCACACAUGCUCGUAGACUCCAGGUAUAAAUCCCGCCUAUCUUUUUUUCUAUAUAUUUGACUUAAGUUGAUUCCCGUGAAUUUUAUCUGCAAUUCCUUAGUGAGGUUUCACAUUGGGAGGUGAUUGUCUAACUACCUUGCCAGAUUCCAAUAUUUGAGAAGGGUUAUGAGAAAGAUCCCGCAGUUGUGGCAAAGGAAGCGAUACAGGAGGCCGCUCGAAAUGGUUCAGACGUGGUUCUCGUCGAUACUGCUGGUCGAAUGCAGGUAAGUCGAUUUUGUGUUAUUGUUAGUACAAUCAAUUAUAAUUAGUUUUGUGUACCUGUGUUAUGCAAUAGCUGCUUUAGAAAAUUCGGGAUAGUUUCUUUAGUUUCUAACAUAUACUUUGGGUAGCUCUGUAUCUGGGGUUGUCCUCAGAUUCCAAUCAUUUUUUCAGGAUUUUCCUAAGAAUAUACUGAUGGCAAAUUAGCUUAUAAUUGUUGCAUUAUGUUCAACAGGAUAAUGAACCGCUGAUGAGAGCACUUUCAAAGCUGGUUUACGUCAAUAAUCCAGAUCUGAUAUUGUUUGUUGGUGAAGCUCUAGUUGGUAAUGAUGCCGUAGAUCAGUUGUCAAAGUUUAAUCAGGUUGGUCUUUUCUAUUGAGUGACGCUUAUCCUCUUGUCUUUUGAUUUGAGAUCUGUGUAAGUUUAUUUCUACAGAGUAUUCAGGUCUUUCCUCUUCUCUCUGGCUUUUUAUUCAGAAACUGGGCGACCUUUCACCUUCUCCAAAUCCCAGAUUGAUUGAUGGAAUCCUGCUCACCAAGUUUGAUACCAUUGAUGACAAGGUAAUGAAGUUGUGAUAUAGAUUGUUUGUGGUUUUUUUUUUUAAAUUUUUUUUUAUAAUAAUUCCCUUACCGGUUUGGUCCUAUUAUUUGAUUGUUCAUCUUUAUAAUGGUCGUUAUCCAUGAAAAUAUUAUGUUAAAUGGUCCAGGUUGGAGCUGCACUAUCGAUGGUCUACAUUUCUGGAGCACCCGUCAUGUUCGUUGGAUGUGGUCAAUCCUACACGGAUUUGAAGAAGCUAAAUGCCAAGGCCAUAGUGAAGACCCUACUUAAGUGAUGAAAGAUUGUGCUUGUGUUCUUUUCUGCUCCCUGCUUUUUCCUGUGCUAGUGAUUUCAUUCUCACCACACUAGUGGUGUUCGUGUUUAUGCCGCAGCACAUUCUGUCCCCUCUAUGAUCUCACAUUUUAAUCUCUGACUGUUGAAGGUGAAUUCAUAUAUUUGUCUCCCAUUUUGCCCUCUUUGCCUCAUCCGUUAAUUGCUUGAUUAUAUUUAUGCAUAUGCGAUGGUGUUUCUUUUCUUGAUAAGUACGGGUAUAUUCCUCGGUUCUAUAUGAGUACAUUUAGGGCCACAUUUCUUUCUGAAGGAGCAGCACGGAGUGCUUCAAAAUUCACAUUUAGCAAGCAAAGCUAACACGUUCUCCCACCGUGUCUCCUCUUCGGAAAACAAUGGAAACUGAAAAACAUAAGUCCUGCCAGGAACCAAAACAUCAUCAGACAUCAUCUCCACCAAGAUUUACUGGUACACUGGCAAGGACAAUGAGUUCCUCCACUUAAACAAACAUGGCUGGCAAUAAUUUUGAGGAUGAGGGAUUAUAUAAUUUGAUCUUUAACUCCAAAAAGCAGAAGGGGGGGAAAUACGCGUAAGAGGGAAUACUUUGAUCUUUAACUCAACAUCAACAUAAUUUUGGGGGGACGGAGUGGUAUGUAUUUUGCAGUUCUAAGUUGUCAUGUCACAUAGCUACACCAUUCAAGGCUGAAAACCAAUCUUCUUUCUAUAAGUUUUUGCUCAAAUUAUCAUAAAUACAAUUCUCACAAUCAUAUGCCG